ACUACCAUUCCAAUUCUAAAACAAAUCAAUAAUAAUAGCAAGAAAUAGAAAAUGGAGUAUUUUUGGUAAGAGAAAAAGAAAUACUACAUAGAAAAGAAAGAGAAGGACAAAAGAAAAGUGUGAGUGGAGGAAGGAACAAACUACGAAGCAACAAACGAUGACGGCAGAAUCGGGUGGUUCGUACUUCGAUCUUCCCGAGGAUGUCGUGCAAGUUCUACCGUCAGAUCCAUUUGAGCAACUCGAUGUAGCUCGCAAGAUCACUUCCAUUGCUUUAUCGACACGUGUGAACGCCCUCGAAUUACAGUCGUCGGAACUUCGCGCCGAGAUCGCCGAGAAAGACAAUCUCAUCGCCGAACUUCAAUCUCAUGUUGAGUCCCUCGAUGCUUCCCUCUCUGAAACCGCCGAUAAACUCGUCCGCGCUGAACAAGAUAAGGAGAGUUUGCUUAAGGAGAAUGCUUCGCUUUCCAAUACUGUUAGAAAGCUUAAUCGAGAUGUCUCCAAGCUAGAGGUUUUCAGAAAGACGCUUAUGCAGUCACUUCAAGAGGAUGAUGAUAAAUCUGGUGGAUCUCCAGACAUUGUUGCUAGAAUACAGAGUCAAUCGAGUUUGACUUCUACGUCGCAGUUUGGAGAUAAUGACACUUCAUUGCCACCAUCUAUAUCUUCAUCAAUGCCCCGUGUUUCUGAUAGUGGAAAUUCUUUUGGCGAUGAUCAAGAAUCUGAUGACAUAAGACCUAGAGUGCCAUAUAAUUUCCUCAUAGCAUCCCAAAGUACCACCCCUCGGCUUACUCCCACUGGUUCACCUCCUAGUUUUUCUGUAUCUGUAUCGCCAACAAGAACAUCUAGACCUAUGUCUCCAAGGCGACAUUCCAUUUCCUUUUCAACCUCAAGAGGCAUGCAUGAUGAUAGGUCUUCAGUGUUUUCCUCAACAGGUCACGGUUCAAUAUCAAGCUCUGACUCAGUAACAGGAUCACAAUCUGGACGAACACGGGUGGAUGGGAAAGAGUUCUUUCGCCAAGUCAGGAACCGUUUGUCUUACGAGCAGUUUAGUGCAUUCUUAGCAAAUGUUAAGGAGCUAAAUUCCCAUAAACAAACAAGAGAGGUGACUCUACAAAAAGCGGAUGAAAUUUUUGGGCCUGAAAACAAGGACCUAUACACUGUAUUUGAGGGAUUAAUCACACGCAAUGUUCAUUGACGUUGUGCUUAGGGGAUUCUUAUUCCAAGUUGAUAAUAAAGGAUACUUUUCGUCUCCUUAUAACAACCACAUUUUUUCUUCAUUGUAUAUUUACAUAUUAUUGUGUAAUCUUUUUUUCCUGAACAUGAAAGUCUGUAAAUUUGAACUAACGAGUGACAUUUCAUGAGGGGAGAGGAAGUAGAUCAUUACCGAAAUCUCCAUAAAUAAUCAAACACAAAGGUUCCAACAAAA